AUGUAUGAAGGUUUUGAAGAAUUUUUAUUAGCGGAUGCAGCAGAUAAUGAAAGUGAAUCAGCAAAUCAAGUCAUUCAUAAUCAACUAGAAGUAGUUGAUGCAACACAUAAUGAAAAUGAACCAUUAGAUGCAAUGAUUCAUAAUCAACUACAACCUGUUGAUUCAAUUGUUGAAGAAUGUACUGAAGACGAGCUUGAUAUUAGUGGUAGUCUAAUUGGUGUGCAAAAGAAAACAAUUGAGGAAUUGUAUGAAUUGUACCGUCUGCAUUCUGGAGCAUUGGGUUUUAGCAUUAGGAAGUAUACAUCUAGGAUUGGUAGGGUUGAGGGAAAUGUGUAUUUAACGAAGGAAAAGUACUUUGUUUGUUCGUGUCAUGGAAAACCGGAUGGUCAAAGUGAUUUUGUUUCUGUUCCGGAUGUUGUUGAUGAGGAUGGCAAUGAGAGAAAGCGGAAGCAACGGAGGGUUAUUGUUACAAAGACGGGGUGUAAUGCAAUGAUGAGGGUGAAGCUAAAUGAUUCGGGGAUGUAUGAAGUUAUUGGUCAUGUGCUUCAUGAGCUACGAUGGCAACAUUACCACCGUUCAGAAAGGGCCAUUGGGGAUGGCAAAGCGAAAGAAAUUACUGUUAUGACAGAAGCAUCAAUGCGUCCUGCUGUGCAAUAUCGAUAUGAAUGUCACCAAUAUGGUGGUGCAGAGGCCCUUGGUCACACUUCUCGUGACCACUACAAUUUUGUGAAUAGGCUAAAGAUGAAGGCAAUUGAAGGAGGUGAUGCACAAGUUGUCAUCGAUAAGCUUAGCCAAAGGGCUGCUGAUGAGGAUGACUUUUUUUAUAGGGUUAAAUUGGAUAGCAUGGGUAGGUUGUGUAAUGUGUUUUGGCGCGAUUCUAUGAUGAAGGAUGAUUAUGAAUUGUAUGGAGAUGUUACUGUUUUUGAUACCACUUAUCGUACAAAUAGGUAUAAUUUGAUAUGUGGUGCAUUUGUGGGUAUAAACAAUCAUUGGAAGAAUAUAAUGUUUGGGUGUUGCUUUUUGUCGGACGAGACAAUUGAUACAUUUGUUUGGCUCUUUGAGGUUUUCAAGAAAUGUAUGGGUGGAGUUUGUCCUGUAUCAAUAUUUACAGACCAGGAUCAGGCCAUGAGCAAUGCUUUGUCUCAGGUGUUUCCUAACACGAGGGCGAGGCUAUGCCAGUGGCAUCUUUAUCAGAAUGCAGUUAGUCACUUUGGGACUUUGAAGAGUGAUGACACAUUUUCCGAUGCUUUUAAGAAAUGUCUUCGUGGUUGUUAUGAUAGCGUUGAGUUUGAGGCAAGUUGGGAUUAUAUGAUGAAGAAGUAUGGCCUAGAAGGAGACAAGUGGUUUGCUCGUUUGUAUCAGUUGAAGGAUAAGUGGUCCACAGCAUUGAGUAAGGACUUCUUCUCAGCUGGAAUUUUGUCUUCCCAACGUAGUGAAAGUACUAAUAAUGCUAUAGGCUUUCAAGCUUCCAAGACAACAAGCUUGUAUGAUUUUUUUGGUAUGUUUCAAAAUACUAUUUCACGAUGGAGACAAACUGAAACCAAUGAUGAAUUUGUUGAUUCUAAAUCUGUCCCUAAGUCUUAUUUUCCUAUGACGGGUAUGUUGAGACAUGCUAGUCAAAUUUACACAGCUACAAUGUUUAGGGAUUUUGAGCAAGAAUUUGGGUAUUGUUUGGGUACUAUUUGUGAGUUGUUGACUAUGGAUGACACAAUAUUAGUUUAUAAAGUGUGGCCUGAGAAGCAUCCACAACGGACACACCAAGUCACUUUUGAUUGUGUCAACAAGUUUGUCAGUUGUUCUUGUAGGAAUUAUGAGGAGGUGGGGAUGUUAUGUUAUCAUUGCCUAAGGGUACUUCACAUGCACUCGGUUAGUGAGAUACCUUCAUCUUAUAUUUUAAGGCGGUGGACAAAGUUUGCCAAAACAGAAGUUUGGGACCGUUUGAAGCAACAACGGGUGAACAUGUCAUCACUAAAGAAAGAUUGCAUUCCUUGGCGAUUUCAAAUGUCUAGGGUGUAUAACAAUCUCAUCAUAAGAAGUCAUGAUAAUGAAAAGGCAAGGAAGAUAAUGGAGAAGGGUUAUAUGCGUGAUCUUGCUGAUGUGCUGACUGUUUUUGCAAAUAUUAACUUAGGUGAUUCAGAAUCAGGUGUUGGAGAAUCAACUGCAUCAAAUUCCUCUACCAUUACUGUUUUUGAUCCUCCUUGGGUUAAAACGAAAGGAAGAAGUGUGAGGCCGAAAAGUGGAAUUGAGAAGAGCAAGAGGGGCAGAGGUCGUGGGAAAUGUGUUUCAAAUGUUGCAAAGGAGUUUGGCUCUUACACUCCACCUGCAAGAUUAUUUUGA